UUUGGCGGACACUACCACCAGAGCUCUGGAGUCUGGCAGAGCCUGUCUUGAAAGCAGCCUGUGGGAUUCCGUUGCUGAGUGCUCUCGGCAAAGUCGGGUACUCUCCCUGCGAUCAGCUGUCACACCUGGCAAUGACGUACCUCUCAGAGGGAUGCUGUGUGAGGACCUGAGAUGCGCGCCAGGUCUGUGUGUCUGUCCCCAGCACUCUGCAAGACUAGAAAAAUAGGAAGAACCUGUUCAGAAUCCCUGCGGUACAGGAAAAGAAGGGGAAAUCUCAACAUGGAAAAACUCUACAAUGAAAAUGAAGGAAAGCUGGAAAUCGAGGGAAAGCCAGAAGACGAAGUAGAUACAGAAGAUGAAGGAAAAUCAGAUGAGGAAGAAAAGCUGGAAGUGGAGGGGAAGCCAGGGCAUGAGGGAAAGCUCCAGAAUGAGGGACAGCCAGAUGAUGAGGGACAACCAGAAGACGAGAAAAAGCAAGAAAAGCAGGGCAAGUCUGAAAAUGAGGGAAAACCACACAGUGAGGGCAAGCCAGAAUCCCUGGCAAAGGCUGAGAGUGAGUCGCGGGCUGCCGAAAAGCGCCCAGCUGAAGAUUAUGUGCCUAGGAAAGCAAAAAGAAAAACAGACAGGGGGACAGACGAUUCCCCCAAGGACUAUCAGGAGGACUUUCAGGAAAGGCACUUGGGCAGUGAGGAGAUGAUGAGAGAAUGUGGAGAUGUGUCAAGGGCUCAGGAAGAGCUAAGGAAAAAACAGAAAAUGGGUGGUUUUCAUUGGAUGCAAAGAGAUGUACAGGAUCCCUUUGCCCAAGGGGGCAACGGGGUGUCAGGGGAAUGA